AUGAACCGCCUCCGCAGACAUAAAAAGGAAAAGGCCGCCAAGGACGAGCUGGUCCAGUCCGAGAAGGCCGCCUCUUCCUCCACCACCACCAUCAUCUCCUCCAUCACUCCCACCAAAAGAGAAAAGGAACCCGCCAGCAAGAAAGAUGACGCCCUGCAAACGACUUCUCCCAAGGUCUCCGAGUUCGACCUCGCCAAUGCCCUCCCGGCCCCCGAUGAUUUCCGCACCAGCUUGAUCAUGCCUAAACUAUCUGCGCGCUUCAGUAUGCUCAAGGAACAGGACGAUCCCGAGUCUUUGCUGGGGAAAGCUAGCGAUGAUAGCGUUCUGUUCCCGAAGCGCGCAUCCCGGUUGAACUUGUUUGGUCAUAACCAACUGGCGGAUAUCGAUGAGAUGUCCAUCAACAGCAGUCGUCCCUCUGCCUUCGGUCAGGCAGAGUCGAAUGAUGGCUACGGAACUGAUGACGAUCGUUCUCAGGCAGGGGGGAGCAGCAUGAUGAGCAGGGCUCGUCGUGCUGAAGUAGGAAACAACCUGUUUGGUGGUCGUCAAAAGGUCUUCAAGAUUCCCGCGAAGUCUAGAGGCGCGUCUCCUAAUCCUGGACCUGACGGCGGUCGCUCGGGCCUGGGCCGCGCUGUCUACGAACACGACGUGACCCUAUCCGCCUUUCAGCGUCUCAGACUGAAGGAAAAGGAAGAACGUGCCGCUGCUGAAGAUAGUGCCUUGAAUUCGCCUACCUUCUCCAACGAAGAUGCCUUGUCCAGUAUCGGGUCUACCGACCGCACCACUUAUUCGUCUACAGCUUCCGGUCCGCCCCCUACCUUUGGUCGUGCUUCCACCGCAGCAACUUCAGUCGACGGGGAGCUCGCUACGCCGCAAUCCAUGGAGGGCUCGACUGGCAAGCAAUUCCCGUUCCCUGAACGCAGUGCGCCCAAACCCACUCGUCGUUACGGCCAGGGCCUGGCUCAGUCAGUCCAGAACCAGCAGAAUCUCACCCUGAAUCGGCUUGAGAGUCUUAGCCGUCAGCGUCCAGGGACGCCUGAAUUCCCUCAAAUGAACCGCGCAUUCUCCCGGAGCGCAGCAAGCCUGCGCGAUCGUUUGCAGAGACUCCCUCUCGUUGACGCUGCUCGUCCAUCCUCCCGUCCGACGAGUCCUCCUUUGUCAACUGCAUCGCCCAGACCUCAAUUAGCUGAGAGCGAAUCCAAGGACCCCGUUCCAUCUGGCUACGGUGUUCCCUCUGGAUACAAUGCCCCACCCCUAAGCCCACCUAUCAGCGAGGUUGAGGAACAACCUGUGCCCUUGGCAGCUGCUCUGCAACCUGAAGACCAUGGGAAAGCCACUGCAUCCGGUCUCUUCAACAAGCCUCGAGCGCCAUUCGACGAGCAACAGUUCACACGACGCCAGCUGCAGAUGCAUCAGGGACGAAGCUCCCCACCAUUACGGCGACCCCCAUCACCUCCACGCAACGCCCCUGUCGCACCUGCUCCCACCACCCUCCCACAAGAACGCGUUGGACGCUCUCGUGGUAUCUCCAAUGCUAGCAGUUACCGCUCACGGGCAGGAUCCGCCUCGUCUCAGUACAGUGAGGGGCCCAAAGGCAUGAACCAGACUACGUUCUUCAGCAACUCCAGCCCCAGUGACUCUGGUGACGAGGACGAGGAGGACAUUCAUCCCGCAUUCCGCUCCCGCUCCCCCUCGAAGCCAUCAACCCCCACUGGAGAGCCCCAAGAACGCCAUCCUCUGCCCGAAGUACGAUUCUCGGACCUGGGAGACCUGAAACCAAUUGCGGAACAUGAUAUAGCGGAGAACGCUGGUUCUCAAAACAACGCCCAAGCACCGCAGGAGCCUGACUCGCCUACUUUGGGGCCAUCCGGACUGGGACUUAGUGGGUUGGUCCGUACACACUUGCGACGGGAGAGCGACAAAUCUAUCCAGCUGCCAUCGCCGGGACUUCCACCCAAGCUGACCGACAAUAGAGAUGUUCCCGAGAUCAAGCAAGACGCUGCUGAUACCACCCCGACCCCUCCUCCCGCGCCCGCCGAUGAGCCGUCGUCCCAGAGCACAAUUUCCGCAGAAUCCAUGACGCCCGAGCAACAGUCAGAAGAGAUCCAGAGGAGGACACCGAACGACUCUUUGCUCGACGACGAAUCAAGGGAUAGUAGCAACAGCAGCCACCGGCGGAACGCCAGCACUGAAACGCAGCGCGAACGCGAGGAAUUCGAGAACGAGCUGGCUGAGCGACGGAGAAAGGUGCAAGAGAAACUGCAGAACUUCGCAGACAUUGAGACUCGAUCGAACAGUCGAGCGCCUAGUCGAGCAGCCAGUCGAUCGGCGAGUCGAUCAGGCAGUCCGGUCCGCUGUGGAACUCCUGAUUCGUCUGCCCAAGUCAAGCCUGGCAAUGCCUUUGCGCUGCUGAAGAGCCGCGCCGGAAAACACCACCUGUUCCAGAAGUCGGGUAACUCUUCCACGCAAUCUUUGGUUAAUUUGGAUCAGAAUGAUCCAUGGCGCGAGGAGGACGAAAAGGUUCCUUUCCCCAGCCUGAGCACUCAGCAAUUGAAUUCGAGCACCCCACACAUCCCUGGUGACCGACCAUCAGUGCGGUCGCGAGUCGCUGCCUUCACCCGUGGUAACCAGGACGCUUCUCGCGAGUCGAGCCAUAGCCGUAAUGCAUCGCCCCAUUCGUUCACAGGAUUCCGGGCUCGCCGCGAUCGCUCCCGCUCAGAUGCAUCCUGUCGAUCCAAGAGUCGAUUGCGAAACGACGAUCUUGGAACCGUGGACGAACGAUCGGUCUCUUCGCAUGAAACGUCCCACCACCCAGAUUCCACAUACGACCCGCGUGCCAACACCUCGGUUCCCUCAUCCACUCGCCCCUCCGUCGAAAGCGAAGAAGGUUCCUCAUCGCGCAGCCCCGGCCGCUACGGUAGCGGUAGUCGCUCAGGAACCCCAAGCUACUUCGACCUGCCACCGCCACCACAGCACCACCCACCUCUCAUGCCUGGCCCUAACCCGGCCAUGAUUGGAAACGCGCCCCGACCUUCUCCAAUUGCGCCGUACUCUGCCAACGCCACGCCGCCUCUCGACCUCACACCUUCUCCUUCAUCCCCACCCGCGCCAACUUUUGCCGCCGCCGCAAGCCACGUCGUGCCCCAGCGCGCACCCGGCCACACAGGCUUGCAAAGGCGCCCAAUCAACAAGCUGCAGAUCUCAGAACCCACCCUGCUCUCGUGCACAUCCAACGUUCCCACAAUUGGCCUCCCUCCAGGCGCAAGCCUAAGCAACGGCAUGGAAACGCCCCCAGUACCACCCAUGAACCCCCGCCGUCGACGACAAACGACUACGCAAACAAUCUUGGGCGCAUUGAAGGGCGAGAAACAGGACACCCAAUCAUCUUCCCCCAGCGAAUACGCCUCCAGCGGGCGAGGAACACCCGCCCCCGACGAGCGCAGCAUGUUCGAGGACGAGCGACCGCUUUCACGGAACCGGUUGCGUAAGACGUCUAGUGAGGGCGGUUCGUUGAAUGUCAAGGCGAGACAGGAGGUUAUAAGUGGUUCUGCGCCGCCGAUGCCGUAUCCGCCGCCGUCGAUUAUGGAUUGA